CAACAACAACAAGCACAAGCGCGUGUUGAUUAUCUUCGGUAGAGCAGCGUGUGCAUCUCGCCUUCUGCAACAUCCAAGGUGUUGUUUGGAGCGAGUUCGCUGAUGUCGUCGCUUCAGGAUGCGUGGGGGAACUUUCAGGAAGGCGUGAAGUCGGCGUUGAACCAGUGGACAGCCCUGAGGCUUGCCGUGGAAAAUAACUGGGGAGGAGGAGACUCGGAGCGCAAAGCGGCCCUCCUUGAGGAGGGUGUGAUGAACAUGUUCAAGACCAAGAAGGAGAUCUACAAGGACGAGGUGGAGAACUUCCUUGCUGACUUUCUUGACGACAACUUCAGUACCUAUGCGGAGGAUGACAGUCCGGCAGAGGUGGCCAUGAUGCUGGUGGAGAUGUUCUCGCAAUGCGGCCGUCUGGACUACACGCUCGCCAACGCUGUUCGAGCAGAGGAACAGCGCCUCCUCGCGAAGAAAGCCGCCUCAGCCUCACCCGGUAGCGGAAAGAAACCGUUGUCGGCCGUGGCGAGCAGCAUGGCUGUAAAACGGCCCGGAGGAGAAGAGGACGACAGCAGUAGUAGUGAUGAGGACGAAGAUAUGGGCGGGAAAGGGGAGGGGGGCGGGGGGGCGGGAGCGGUAGACGCGGAUGGGUGGGCAACAGUCACCGGAAAGCAGGCUGGAAGAGGGGGACGGCGGUAGCUCAGUGAUGUAUCCGGGACGGGGGACCGGCUUCCGUGCUUGUCCGAUUCGUCUUUUUAUUGUGCUGGGGGCGGCGGGGGUCUCUGUUUCUUCCUUUGUUUGUCGGCCCCUACUCAGAUGUUCCGUUUAGCGGUAGAUCGAGAGUAGAGUGGAGGGAGGGGCGGGUGAGCCCUCGCUGCGAAAAGUAAAUGCAUGUAGAGAAUGCAUGCCGCAGUUGGAUUGGGAAAGCCGUAGGUGACUUUGAAUCUGUGAUGGACUGCUGUGUGGAGCAUUCGUGAGAUGGCGAUGAUGACAAUGAGACAACGAUCGGGGAACUAAUGUAGCGCCAUUGGCGAAUAUCGUCGAAGAGAAAUAGAAGGACCGGGAGAAGUCAACACUGAUGGUCCUGACA